AAUGUAAGACAAUUUAAACAAAAACUACAUAAGUUGAAAUAGUUAUAAAAUAAUAAAAAUAGAAAAUAGACAAAAAAUAAAAGCAAUUUCAAAUAUGGUUGUCUGCCGGUUCUUUCAACAAGGCUCCUGCCGCUAUGGCACAAAGUGCAAGAACGAGCACUUCGAUGUUAAGCAAUAUCUCAAGGCCGACAUGGAAUCCAGCCUCAAUGGCAAGAUGUGGCCUUUAUCCGUCUACGGACCUUUCAAGGACAAGGCCAAUUUCCCCAACUUCAUUCAGGAUCAAUCCUUCGAGGAGGUGCGGUUCAUGUGUUACGAGGCCAAACGACAAAACCAAUUCGAACAGUUCAGCCAACAGUUUAACCGCGAGGUUCUAGAAGCUAACAACAAGAUGAAGACCAUGCUUCAGUUGUCGCCGCAGGUCCUGGAAAUGAUGAUCAAGAUUCACGAUACGCCGGAGGGCGGCACUGUGUCGGCUGCACCUCAGCAGCCCAGUAAUCCCUUCGCUGCAGCAGCUCCGUCCGCCGCCAAUACAUCCGCAUCCAUUUUUGGAAAGCCCACACUGAGUGCGGGAAAUAUAUUUGGGAAUGCCACAAGCCAAGCCAGCAACACCAAUAGCAUUUUCGGAGGAACGAUGAGCAAUGCCAAUGCAGGGAAUAGCAUAUUUGGUGUAGGAGCUGCGGCAACAGGUGCAACAAGUGUGUUUGGACAGCCACAGCAGCAACAGCUGCAGCCUGCUGCUCAAGCUUUCCAAGGGGGUAACAUUUUCGCCCAGGCGCAGGUCCAGGUGCAAGCUCAGCCAGUGAAUCCCAAUCCUUUCGGUGGUUUCCAACAGCAGCAGCAGCAACCGCAGUCGACGGGAAUCUUUGGCCAAGCCGCAAAUCAAAAUAUGGGCGGAAUCUUUGCUCAAGCGGCUCAGCAACAACAGCAGCAGCAGGCAGCUGCCUCCGGAUUAUUUGCUCAAGCAGCAGCAUCUGUAUUCCCUAAUCAACAACAGAUGCAACAGCAACAAAUGCAGCAGCAACAACAGAUGCAACAGCAACAAAUGCAGCAGCAGCAGCAACAACAAUUUCAAAUGCAACAGCAACAGCAAAUGAUGCAGCAACAGCAAAUGAUGCAGCAACAGCAAAUGUUGCAGCAGCAGCAGCAGCAAGCGCAACCGACCAACGAAAUCCAGUCCUCAGUUUACAGUCGAAUGGAGGAUCUCAGCGAGCAGGAAAUCGAAGCAUUCAAGGCGGAUCAAUUUCUACCAGGUGCCUUGCCAUUCAAACCGCCUCCACGGCAUCUUUGCUGAACCAAAAACUUCCUUGGCUCACUAGCGUAUAAUGUAUAUAUUCUUACAGAAGCUGAUAUAAUAAAAUAAGUAUAACUAAUAAACUAAUGCAUCAUCAUA